CUCUGAAAUUUAACUCCGACAUUUCACAGCCUCGGAAGCCCAGGACUUAUGCAGUGGCUAGUCCCGCCUCGUCCAGAAUCGCACCCCUGUACACGCUAAGCCUCCUCGAUCUUAGUCUCCCCCGCGGAAAUCGCAUCGCGAACUUUUUGUUUGGCGCCGAGCAUUCGCAUCACACCCAGCGAACAACCCUCUAGGCCACGCACCCGCCACUCCGCUCCAACACCCUUAGACAACCUCGUAUACACCCGCAUACAGUCUCUGUACCCCCUAUACCGCCAACCUUCCCACAUCAAUCCCAAUCAUGGCCCAAGGCGCCGUCAAACCCCGCAAAGCCAGCAACGCACCCAAAAAACCGACCGGCCCCCAGCGCGGCAACCGCGUGAUCAAGCCGAAAAAAGCCUCCCUCGCAUCCCAACAGAAAAUCAAGCACAAGGCGUCCAGUCAGCUAACGGGGAAGACGGAGAAGCUGCUGGCAGAGAAGGCGGGGCAUCUGGAGUUGCUGAAGGGGGAAAGAGGGAGGGCAGAGUCGGCGGGACGAAGGUCAAUAAGGAGGGUGCGGCAGCGAAGAAGUGAGGAUGAGGGAAGGUUCGCUGGCUUGAUGGAUGUGAUGGCCUGUGAGAAAAGUACGAGCGACGUACGGUGUUGA